CUCUAGAGGCUGCGCUGGACAGCAGCCACGCCUGGUCCAUGUGUCAGAGGGCUGCUGCGGGCCGCGGGCGGUUCCCUAAAUUCGACUCCACCUCCUCCUGGGCUAGCCUCCUCCUCCUCCUCCCCCCUCCACCUCCAUCACCUCCUCCUCCGCGCUCCAAGUCUAAUGCAUCCCCAUUGCAGCAGCGGAGCUGAGGAGCAGCGCCGGGGCGGCUGGAUGCGGAGCGCGCCGGCGGCGGCAGCAGGGAGGGACACCAGCAGCCCGAGCAGCGUCUUCCGCAGCUGCCGCCGCCUCCGGCCCCAGUUGGGCUCGCCCGGCCCUUUGCAAGCCUAAAAGCAGAGAGAAGAAGGGGGACAGGAGCACGGGAGCAGUCCGUAAAAAAGGGAGGGGGGGGCGCGAAGGAAAGUGCGUGGCGUGUUUGUCUAUAGGUGGCGGAGGGGCAUACUUGGAUUAGGGCGUGGGAGAGGGGAAGGGAAAGGCAGUUGCCUUUGAACCUUCCUGGGCGCACUCCCGGACUCCUCCAAACAUGUACUUGCGCAGAGUUGGGACUGGUCCCCGCGGGAGCACGCGGGCUGUCGCCCCGGCUGGGGUGUGUGAAAGCGCGUGUCCAGGGAUGGAGAUGGAAAGAUAGGAUGGGCGCACAGCUCGACCCCCGCAGCCCAAGCCCAGCAACGCCCACGCGGCCUCGGUGACUUACUGAAGCCCUGUGGCUGAAGCCGCGGAGUGGGGUGGGCUGGUGGGGGUGGUGGGUGUACGUUGCCCAGCGGCCCUCCUGCUUUUCUGCACCUUCUUGUGUCGCUCCUUCUCCACUUUCCAUCCGUCCUCACUUCCCUCGAGGGGAACGUCAUGUCCAAGGCUACGGGGGGCGCGGCGGCGGCGGCGGCAGCAGCGGCAGCAGGGGCGGAAAGUUGCUCCAGUCCGGCCGCCUCCGCGGUGGUCGAGGACCUGUCCAAAGUGUCAGAUGAGGAGCUGCUCCAGUGGAGCAAGGAAGAGCUGAUCCGCAGCCUCCGCCGUGCCGAGGCGGAGAAGGUGAGCGCGAUGCUGGACCACAGCAAUCUCAUCCGGGAGGUGAACCGCCGCCUCCAGCUGCACCUCGGCGAGAUACGCGGCCUCAAGGACAUUAACCAGAAGCUUCAAGAAGACAACCAAGAGCUGAGAGAUCUUUGUUGUUUCCUGGAUGAUGAUAGGCAGAAGGGAAAAAAGGUGUCACGUGAGUGGCAGAGACUGGGCAGAUAUACGGCAGGGGUGAUGCACAAGGAAGUGGCCUUAUAUCUGCAGAAACUGAAGGAACUUGAAGUGAAGCAGGAGGAGGUUGUCAAGGAGAACAUGGAACUCAAAGAGCUCUGCGUGAUGCUGGAUGAGGAGAAAGGGGGCUGUGCUGGCAGCCGGAGCUCCAUCGAUAGCCAGAUCAGCUUGUGCCAGCUCACGGCCACCAGUGCCCCCUAUGUGCGGGAUGUGGGGGAUGGCAGCAGCACCUCAAGCACGGGGAGCACGGACAGCCCUGACCACCACAAACAUCAUGCAAGCGGUAGCCCCGAACAUCUCCAGAAACCCAGGGCUGAGGGGAGUCCGGAACACUCAAAGCACAGGAGUGGGAGUCCAGAACACCUGCCCAAACCGAGGGUUUCUGGGAGCCCAGAUCACCAGAAACAGCUCAAAGGACCCAGUCCAGAGCAUCACAAAACCAUAGUCAAAGGCAGCUCUGAACAGCAGAAGCACACAGGUGGUAGCCCGGAGACCCUGCCAAAGCAUGUGAUCAGCAGUAGCCCUGAACAUUUUCAGAAGCACAGGCCUGGCGGGAGCCCGGAACACCAAAAGCACAGCAGCAGUAGCCCUGAGCACCUGCAGAAGCACAUUUUGAGUGGGAGCAUGGAACACCUUCCAAGGGUGAGGGGGACAAGCCCUGAGCAUCUCAAACAGCAUUAUGGGGGAAGCCCAGAUCAUCACAAGCACAUGGGCGGAGGAGGCAGCAGAGAAGGCACACUCCGGAGGCAGACUCCCGACGACAUGUCACCUCAUCACAGGAGUGUGUACAGUGGAAUGAAUGGUUGUGUGGCGGAAACUUGGAGAUGCUGCAGGUUCUUGUCCUGGAAUUAGGCAACAUCUGUCCGGUAACCAGUAUAAAGGACCAAUGUGAGAAUCACUCCUGAAUACAAGAUUAGCACUGGUGUUGGGAAGGAAAAGAAGGCAUGAUUUCCACACACCUGGACUCAUGGGGAUUAAUGAUUGGGUGGUUGUGUACCACAUCUAUGUCUUCUUUGAAAACUUCAGUACAGGUUUCCCAUGCUACUGGCUAUUUUGUGUUUCUUGCUUCACUAUAUUAGAGUGCAGUCUCUGAAUUAUGACAUCACUAAUUUGUCACCCUACACAUUCUUCAAGAUCGUAGGACAAUUGGAGUUUUUCAUGAAUUGAAGAUGUUCUGGUAGAGUUCUAGUGAUUUUGACUGAUGUGACAUAGUAGUCACUUCCUACCAUGUUAUGUAGAAGCUAAGAAAUGGUGCCUUCCAGCUUCCAAAGUUUGGGAACUAGGCCCCAUGUCACUUGUAUUUGAAUGUGUAAAAUGUUAGUUGCUGGUGCUCAGUUUGAAAGAAAUGGCUGGAGUUUUUCCCCCUGAAACAUUCAAUAUUUGUAUUGAGGUGCUAAAUUUAUCUCAUGAAUUUGCUUUUCCAGCUAGUUGUGUAGCAAAAUCCCUGACAGAACUUGUCUGAAAAGACAGUUUCUGGCCAAUUGGUCUCCAUUUUGAUGACACAACUUGGAGAUGACCAUUCUCCUGGCCCACCCCCCCAUCCACAUUAAUAUUGACAAUUUGCAACUUCAACAAUCAUGAGGGUUUCCAGCUGUGAGAAAAAUGUUAAUUUUGACAAUUUUGUUUCUAGACAAGCAAUUAUAUUUAACAAGCUCUAAGUAGAUUUUAAAAGAUUGCACUGCAUUUUUGAAAAAAAGCUUUCCUUGCCUACUGCAGCUUUCUUUAAAAGAAUUGUUUGAUGAUACUCAACGCAUGUCUUUGAUUAUUUUGAAGCUAAAACUCUUGUUCAGAUUGCUUGAAGGUUGACCAAGAGACAUGCUAGCUAUGCUUAGUUUAUUUCAUUUAUUAUUUUGGGGGGAGGGGGGAAAUAUGUAUAACAUUAGACUGUGUGUAAUGGAAAUGUUAUGAUAGGUAUUUUGUGUUUAUCCAAUGCAAUGAGUUUCUUGUACGAAUAUGCAAGAGGCCUGUAACAGAAUGCUAUUGCUUAAGUUUUUACUAUAGCUUAGGAUAAAAGAGAUAGGAAUGCAACAAUUGCCACUUUUCAGGUUUGUUCUCAAUCACUAAGGCUUUGCUUCACAGCAAAUAUUUUCUCUUUUUUUGUGGGUUUCUUACAUGUUGUAGUAAUUGACCAUUUGGUAGUAGAAUGUAAGAAAUUGCUGUACACUUAAAAAAAUUAUGGUACUGUGAUGUAGAACCAGCUUAUUGUUGUCUGAAAAUCUUUGUGAAUUAAUUUGUCACAGACUUUUCUCUCUAAUUAUCUUUAGUUAGAUUUUAAACAAAUGUUUCCUUUUGAGAUGUUAUAUUUUAAAAUUGUUAUUCUCUAUUAAAAAAAACCUGCUUGCUAUAUUUACAUUUUCACAAAGUUUUCAUCUAUAAAAUUAAAUUGUUGUAUUCCUAUACAAUAGAAAACAUUUAAAACAAGUUUUUGUGCCUGCAGUAGACCCUGCAGUAGCUAUUCAAGGGACACUAGUCUUUUGACAAAACACUUGUGUAAAUUUUAUACUGUAUUAAAACUAUUUUUUUAAAGUUCUGCAUAAAAUUGAGUAUCAAGUACAUGUGUUCAUUUUAGCAAUGGUAAUAAAUUAUUUAAUCUCA